GCUGUUAUGAAUAGAUUACACAGUGUGUUGCAGGAGGCUGGCAGGACUCGAGUGCUCGCCCACAUGUUUGCCAGAGACAAGAAUCAUUUCUGCUCCGUAAGAUCCCUGUUUCCUGUUUAGUUUCAGGGAGACUGGUAGCUGUCGUGUGUUGGAGUCCCCCUUUAUGUCUUCCCUCUCCUUUUCAACCCUCCCUCCUUUCCGUCUCCUCUUCUGUGCUCUAUAUGUGGCUCUUGUGGAAUCUGCUCCAAAUGUUUUCCAUAUUAGUUCAGAGUCCUUUCUGAUUCUGAAUAGCAGGGAUCGCGUAGGGAGAGAAGCCUCCAGUGAGGAGGGAGGGGAAGGGCAGGGCAGGGCGAGGGAACAGUCCAGAGAAAGAAAAGGAAGGACAAACACAUAGAGGGCGAGCGCAAGAACGUCCAGUCGGCCUCAAAGGAAGAUUAAGAAUCUCAGCACGAGACAGGAGGAAUUAUGGGGUCGGGGACGAGUCCGAUGGGGUCGGCUGGAGGAGGCAACGCAGCCGCUAGCAAGGAGAAGAAGGGACAAGCAGAAACUGGAGGCCCAGUGCUGGAGGAAGCCCAAAAGUGUUGUGGCUGCCGCUUUCCUUUGCUGGUCGCUCUGUUGCAGCUUCUGCUGGGCAUCGCAGUAGCUGCUGUGGCCUUCCUAAUGGUUACCAUUAGCUCCUCUCUGCUGGCCAGGGAGACACCCCAUUGGGCCGGCAUCAUUAUGAUUGUGGUGUCUCUUGUGGGAUUCAUCCUCUUCUGCAUCACCAGAGUGCCUGAUGAGAGAGCGUCGGCUCAAUUUAUUGUAAAGCUCCUGUACUUCUUCCUAUGCACAAUGGGGCUGGUCAUCUCUGCAGUGGUCAUCGCCUUCCAGUGCUACCAUUACACCCUGACCAACAGCUACAGCUGCGAGGAAAUGGGGGAGUAUUGUUCGUGCACCCUGGACCCUGAGGAUCCCAUCGCCCGCACUUUCACCUACAGUGGCGUGACAGACUGCAGUGCCAUCGUAAGCACUCUACCCAUGUAUUACCUUCUGCAAAUGGUGCUGAACCUGGCUCAGGCUAUCGUCUGCCUGGUGGGGGCCUUCCUCCUAUGGAAGCACAGGUACCAGGUGUUUUUCGCCGGGCUACAGACGGGAUCUCCUUCUGCCCAGAAUUGGCAGAAAGUUUAGGGCACUGAGAGGUUUCUCUGCAGAAGUAAACAUGUAGAGCGUGGGAGUGCUUGUGCCUUUAGGGAAGAAACUGUUUAUUGCAAUAUCUGCCCCGCUGGGAGUUUUAUGGCAUGUGACCUUUUAUCAAAGCAGUUAAAUGAGUCUGUGUUUGUAUUGCCAUAUUAUAAUAUUUUGGAAAGUUUUAUGCAAUUUUUAGAGUUGUUGUAUUUUUCUACAUUGGCUGUUUGAAAAUUUCCACUUGUCCAGGUUAACUGUUUAUUUUUACCACUGCCAAGGAGAGUAUUUUUAUCUAUGAAACCAGUAAGUGACGCAAACAAGACCUGAUGUUUUAGGAAAAUGAGUGACACAAUCUGUUGUUGUGGUUGUUACUGCUGUGGUAAUGACAUGCAUAAAAAUUCCCAGUAUUAAAUUUUGCUUAAACCCCAAAACAACUUAAAAUGCAAUUAUUCACACAUUGUUCUUUACUUUUAACACUGUUUUUCUAACUUCAGGUGCAAAAUUCCAGGUUAUUUAAUUCCCGUUGUAAUUAUUAAAAGUAUUUUAAUAUUAUGCAAAACAAUGUAUUAAAUUAUAUUUUAUAUUUGCAAUAUAAAUUUGUUUUUUUGUUUGUUUUUUUCUUUUCUUUUUUUUUUUUUUUUUUGCAUAAUAAAAAUUUGUGCAAAUACAAAAUAUAAUUUAAUACAUUGUUUCGCAUAAUUAAAAAAAAAAAAAAAAACCUGGACCAGUCAUAAGAAUCAAUGUUUUGAAAAAAUUUGCUUUCCAUUGAUGCCAAAAUGCAACUAUUGGAAAAUCUGGAAUCUGAGGGUGCAAAAAAAAUACAUAAAUAAAAAAAAAUACUGAGAAAAUUGCCUUUAAAGUUGCCCAAAUUAAGUUCUUAGCAAUGCAUAUUACUAAUGAAAAAUUAGGUUUUGAUAUAUCUACGGUACAAAAUUUAUAAAAUAUCUUCAUGGAACAUGUUCUUUACUUAAUAUCCUAAUAAUUUUUAGCAUAAAAGAAAAAUCCCCAAACAAUGUAUUUUUGGCUAUUGCUACAAAUAUACCCGUGCUACUUAAGACUGGUUUUGUUGUCCACACACAUAUAUAUAGUCUAUUAAUAAGCCAUAUUACACACUUAUGAGACUACACACGAGAAUACACAGGAGCAGCACUUAGAUGAAACGUGAUUUCUAAAAUAUAACAUAUCAAACAAUUAAAUACAGUGCUGUUUUACCUGAAUCACUGUCUAGAGCACUUAAAAACAAAAGCACUGUGUACACAGCAGUCAGAAAUAAUAGGUGUGUCCAGUGAUGAUGCUGGACGGGUUUAUAGACUGAAGUCACAGUUCAUGCAGCCAGUGAACAGCAGUCAGUCAGUCAGUCAGUCAGGGAUUGGGGGGGGUUCAAAGGGGUACUUUGACAAACAGCAUGUCACUGCCUCCGGAUUCAUGCACUGGAAAGGCAAACGGUCUUUAACCUUUUUUAAAUUUUACAUAGAUUUCUUGCAUAUUUUAAAUUUGUGGCAAGGUGAAAACUGAGCGAAUGUAAAGCCUGACAAUCAAACCAAAAAGCUCUGCUUGUCAUCAUUAAGUCCUCGUCAAUGAAGCUUGUAACCCAAAUUAAAACAA